AUGGCACCUUUGGGCACGGUCUACCAAACCGAUCUCCUACUGUGGACGCUUCUCAAAGAAGUGGUGCCAGCACAAAUAGACCGAUUUUCACAAAUUCUGAAUGGUAUUAUAGAACCGUGUUGGUGGGAAGACUUUAAGAAAGAGUGGAUCUAUGCAGGUGCGAGUGAUGAAGAAAGGGCAAAAAUACGUAGUAAUAAAAGAAAGAGGAGUGUUGAUGAAAGAGAUUCAAAUAGUUUAUACUUCACUGAAGUUGCACAAUGGGUCUGCAGCUGUCCAGCAUUUUUCAGGAAUCGCUUUUUAUUGUGUAAGCAUUUAGUCAGGCAAACUAUAAAUACACCUAAUGGAAAAAGACGACGUUUACUUAGGUGUGGAUUUAAACGUCGUACCAUGCCACCAUUCCUCAUCCUAAAUGAUCUUGGCACCAAUGAUAUAUCACCAGAGGCUCAAGCUGUUGCUCAAGUUGCUGAAAACAACAUUGUCGAUAGUUUUCCUGAUAGUUAUAAUGCUAAUGCAGAUGAAGAUCCAGAUGAGGAAGCUCGUGCUUAUGUAGAAUCGAAUUGGGAAUUAUUUGAGCAGGCCUUUAAUCGAAUCAACUCAGAAAAAGCUACUAAUAAUUGGCGACAUGUUAGUGCUAUGAUGAAAUGGAGUAAAUUGGUACCAAUGAAAAAAGACAUUCAAAAAGCAGAACGGCGAAUACAUCGACAAGCAACUUGGGCUCCAGAAAAGUCUAAAAAACCAUAUCUCAUGUAUUUAUCACAUCCAGAAGAGCCAAGAUUAGUAGACGUGGUGAUUGAUGAAAUUGUUAGUGAUAACGAAGAUAAUAGUAUUGACAAUUAA